CAGUUUCAGCCAGCUCCUUGUAGAUGAAGGCCAAGCUUUAAAUAGGAGCUGGAUGGCUGUCUGGAGAACAGGUGAGGGCUUCUGAACAAAGCCUGAGCCAGUGACAACUGCCUUGAAAUGGGUGACUAACCCUGGAACCAGGAGUUAGUAUGUAAAUCCUGCAAAACUGGUGAACACAAAGGAACACCUAACUCCAAACAAUGAUGUUCAGAACAUUUGGGUGAUACUCUAAAAUUGCAAAAGUAAGAUUUGACUGGAAAGUUGGAGAAACUUCUGAAGCAACCCUAGGGGCGAAAUCCACAGAGGCUGCAGGUUGAUGUGAACCAAUGUGUCAGGUCCUGUGUAGGCUCAUUGCUGUUUGUUCUGUGCCUUUUCUAAUCUAGAAUUAAUGCUGAGUUAAACUGGCAACAUCUGUAUCACAUCAAUUACCUGUGAAGAUGUCACUGAGGAGGUUUGUGAAUACCCUAAUAUAAUUGCUAUGACUUGGGUGUAUCUCAGGGUUGAAGUAAUUAAAACAAUUAUUCCCAUUUGAUAGUUGAGAAAAUUCAGAGAUACAUGAGGAAGGCUAGUAAGUACCAGAGCCUUGUCUAGAACCUAGGGCUCCUUGUUCACUGCUCUUUGUACCAUGUGGUCAUGCACUGCGUGAUUGUGUACAUUAACAGCUCAGAGAAUUGUUCAGUGCUAGGUAUAUGCAGUGCACUGUACUGGGAGCCAUACUUGGAAAGGUGGAUCCCCUAUACACCAGGAGCUGACACCCUGAUGGAGGGUGUGGCAACACAGCCAUGAUGCAAGGCAGAAAGGGACCGAUGCCGUGAGUGGUUUCGCCUGAGCGCCACAGGAUCUCAGGAUUGAAAAAUAUCCUUCCCCACCUCCAUCUGAGGCCAAGGAAGUCAGCAAUGGCUUCAUAAAGAAGGUGUUGUCUCAACAGAUGACCCCUGAAGGAGCAGGAGAGCCCUGGGAUGUGGACCUCAAAUUCUCCUAAAAAGAUGAGACUUGACAGUCUGAGACUAGAAGGACCCCAGAGGUCAUGGUCCCAAGGCCUUUUGUUAGCCCAAGACAGGAACCAUUCCCAAAGCCAACUCUCUAGACAGGGAUUGGACUGGACUAUAAGAUAGGAAAUGAUACUGGUGAGGAGUGAGCUUCUUGGCUCAAGUAGACAAGUGAGACCAUGUGAGCAGCUCCUGUCUGGAGGGGAGAUGAGAAGGCAGAGGGGGACAGAAGCUGGCUGAAUGGACAUGGAAAUAGCUGGUGGAGAGAAGGAGUGUGCUGCCUCAUUAGGGGGAGAGCAGCUAGGAGUAUAUACCCAGUGCACCCAAUGCCAUCGAGUCGAUUCCGACUCAUAGCGACCCUGUAGGACAGAGUAGAACUGCAGGGUGUAUAUAAACUGUAUAGGAGACUGGAUUAGUUAAAGCACAAUAAAAUUUUUUUUUUAAAAGUGCUUUAUGCAGUAGGGCAUUCCAAGCAAAGAGAAAAGGAGUCAAGAUCCAGAGGUGAAAGGUACCAAAAGUGCUGAGGAACCCAAGUAGGACCAUUUGGUUGGAACCAAGGCCCUGUAUAGAGCAGAAAUGACACAGAACUGUUUUCUUAUGCUCGGUACCAGGCCUGUGCUAAGGGCCUAAAAUACUACCCUCAUCUACACACAUGCUAAAACAGACUCAGAGAGCUGACAUUACCAGGAAGUAGGUGGAGGCCAGGGAGGGGAGGAUAACACAGGGUUGGGAAGUUGGUGUGCGAGGUGGGCGGACUGAGCCACAGGUUAAGUCAUUUAGAUGUUAAUAUGCAAAAAUACCCAGUGAAUGAAGAAUUCAUUGUUCACGAUGUCUCCCAGCUCUUUGUUCCUUAUUCACUUAUCUGACCCCCAGUUUCUCAGUCUCUCCUCCUCCCUUCUCUCUACCUCCCCCUCUCUGCCCCCAUCUCCAGCCUCUCCCCUGGCUCCCCCACCCUACCCCAGGGAUCAGCAGCCCUCUUGCCCAACCCCAGUCCCAACCCCACCCUCUGCAGCAGCAGGUAAGACCAGGAACAAAAUGAACGUUUCUUAAACUGGUGUUAAUGAAGACGAAACUGGCCAGCUAAAAUUGUGCAGAAUUUACAAGAAGUAUUUAAAACCUGUUCAAAUUGCUGUAAACUCAAUAGACGUAAACAUUUGGAGAACAGAACGUGCAACUAAGUAGCUCUAAGAUAAUUAACCUUCUGUGUACAACAGCCUAGAUGGCGCCCUCUUGUGGCAGUAGUAUAAAAACACUUGGAUUCACUCAGCCCACCACCUUUGAAAUUAGAGCUACUUGACGAAUUUUUAACUGAUCAGGACAUACACAUUAUUUCUAAAUUAAUGCAGUGUGAGGCUAGUAAUUUUUCUCUUCCACUCUCUCGUUGUUAGGUGCUGUCGAGUUGGUUCCGACUCAUAGUGACCCCAUGUACAACAAAAUGAAAUAUCCCCAGUCCUGUACCAUCCUCCCAAUCGUGGUUAUGCUUGAGCCCAUCUUUGCAGCCACUGUGUUACUCCAUCUCGUUGAGGGUCUUUACCAAGUAUGACGUGCUCCUCCAGGGACUGGUUCCUCCUGAGAACUUGUGCAAAGUAUAUGAGAAGAAUUCCCGCCAUCCUUGCUUCUAAGGAGCAUUCUGGCUGUACUUCUUCUGAGACAAAUUUGUUCAUUCUCCUGGCAGUCCCUGGUAUAUUCAAUAUUCUUUGCCAACACCAUAAUUCAAAGGUGUCAAUUCUUCAGUCUUCAUAGGGUCGCUAUGAGUCUGAACUGACUCCACAGGUUUGAUUUUUUUGUAUUCUUUUAAAUCAUCCUAAUUUAUAUAUUCAUGAAAUGCACUUUCAUAAAAUCAGAAUGAAUUUUUAAUGCUAUAACAUGAAACAUUGGCAAUAACUGCCAUACAACCUUAUAUAACUACAUAAAAGCAUAACAAAAUUUGAGAGAAAGAAGACUAUCAUUUUUAACAAAACUUAAAAUGUAAAAUUUCUUUUAAAAUCAUUUAAAAAAUUACAGAAAAAUAUGUUUAUUUUGCACAUGGGUGAAUUUUAAUUCAUUUGACAUAAGGUGUGGUAGAGCCUUUGAAGUUAGACUGCCUGGGCUAAAACGCUCCAGGAAAUGGUCCUGCCCUGACAGCCAGAGAUUCUGAUUCAGUAGUUCUGAUGUGGGGCCCAGGAAUCUGCAUUUUUAACCAUCAUCAGCCAAUUCCAUCGGGAGGUCACAAACCACACUUAGGGAAACAUUGCUUUGGCUAAUGGGAAACUAUUGAAGAAACUCGAACAAGGAAAGAGGCAUCAUCAAAGCUAAACUUGAGGAAAAGUAAUGUGUUAAGAGCAUUGUAUUUAAGACGGUUAGAAUAGGAGAUAUCCUAGGGUCAGAACUUGGUUAUUCGAGAAAUCAACCCCUGAGAAUUUUAUACAAGAUUUUGUCUGUAAUGGUACAUGUGUGCAUUUUCUUGGGAGAUUGUCAAUAGCUUUUAUCAGAUUCUUUAAAAAGCCCACCACCUAAAACAGUUAAGAAUAACUGGUCCCUGGGAACCAUAUAUCCUAUAAGGGUCUGAUACCCAAAACACAUUUUUAAAGAACUUCUACGACUUAAAAAUAAAAAGACAAGCACCCCCAAUCAAAAAUAGGCAAAGAACUUUAACAGACAUUUCACCAAAUAGCAUACCCAAAUGGCCAACAAGCACAAGAAAAGAUGCCCAACAUCAUUAGCCAUUGUUGUUUGCCGUGGAGUCCGACUCAUGGUUACCUUGUGUGGGCAGAGUAGAGCUGCUCCAUAAAGUUUUCAGGGCUGUGACCUUUCAUAGCAGGGCCUCUGGGUGGAUUUGAACCACCAACCUUUGGCUAGUAGUCACCGAGGGACUCUAUUAAAAAAAAUAUACAAAUCAAAACACAAUGAGUUAUACCACUUCACCCCAUUAGAAUGGCAAUGAUCAAAAAACAAAACAAAAGGUGUUGGCGAGGUUGUGGAGCAACUGGAACCCUCAUCCAUUGCUGGUGGGAAUAUAAAAUGGUACAGUCACUGUGGAAAACAAUUUGAUGAUUCCUUAAAAGUUGAACAUAGAACUACCAUAUGACCCAGCAAUGCCAAUUCUAAGUAUAUACACAGAAGUGAAAGCAGGAAUACAAACAGAAACCUGUACACCAAUGUUCAUUGCAGCACUUUUCACGAUAGCCAAAAGGUAUAAAUGACUGAAAUGUCCAUUGGAUAAACAAAAUGUAUAUACAUACAAUGGACUAUUACACAGCCAUAAAGAGAAAUGAAGCCCUGAUACAUGCCACAACAUGGACGAACCUUGAAAACAUCAUAUUGAACAAAGUAAGUCAGACACAAAAGGACAAAUACUAUAUGAUCUCACUUAUAUGAAAUAAGCAAAUACAUAGGAACCAAAGAUUAUUAGUGUUACCAGGUAUGGGAAGGGCAGGGAAAACAGGGAGUUUUACUGAGGGGGCAUGGAGUUUAUUUUAGUGGUGCUAGAAAAAUUUGGAAAAAGUGAGAAUGGUUGCAUAACAUGAAGAAUGUAAUUAUAUCACUGAAUUAUACGUGAUGUAGAAAUUGCUGAAUUAGUGUAUCUCUUGAGUAUAUGUUCACCACAAUAAAAAAUAAAUAACUGCUCCCUAUUUCCUAUGCUUUGACUUACAUACCCCCAGGGGUUAACAAAGGUCUUUCAGGCACGAUGCUUCAAGCAAUAAUAGUGCCUAUCUCAAUAUAUUUUUUUUUAAUUAAUAAAUAUUUUUUAAUUUCCCUUUUAAAAGGGAGUAUGUACGGGGCAGGAGGAACAUGACUGGUUGCCCAGGUGCUGACUCACUGGGUCCACAGCCAUUAUCACCAACCAUCACCCAGCCACAGUAUCCUGGAUCACUGCACAGUUUAAAUUGUCUUUAGUCUUAGUCCUUCGUGGUUAAUUUGCACUCAUUAUGGGCCAUUGGUUAAAAACAGGAAGCUAGAAAACACAGAGGUUGAACAAUAAGUUAAUGUGGAGCAUAAACAUGACAGUCAUUCUGUGUGUCAAGUCAUUGAUUCUCACUCCAUUUCUGUGAAAUGACAGAAAACAAGCACAAGGAGAAAGUUAGGUGCAGAGAGACUGCGACUUACCUUAUCAGUCUUAGAAGAAAUACAACCAGAAAUGCUUCUUAGAAGCCAAGAUGGCGAGACUUUGGCUCACUUACUUUGGACACAUCAUCAGGAAAUAUCAAUCACUAGAAAAGGACAUCAUGUGUGGUAGAGGGUCAGCAAAAACAAGGAAAGCCCUCUGUGAGAUGGGUUGACACAACAGCCUCAACAAUGGACUCAAACAUACCAGUGAUCAUGAAAAUGGCACAGGACUGGGCAAUGUUUCAGUCUAUUUUAUAUAAGGUCACCAUGAGAUUGAGCCAACUCAAUAGCAGCAAACAACAACCUUGGAGAGUUCUGCGGCUCAUAUUGUGAUGCUUACCCAGUAACAUCAGCAUCACCUGGAAGCUUGUUGCUAGUUGCCAUGAAUCAAUUCCAAGCCAUGUGGACCUCAUAUGUGUCACAGUAGAACUGUGCUCCAUAGGCUUUUCAAGGCUGUGACCUUUUGGAAACAGAAGGCUGGGCCUGUCUUCCAAGGCACCUCUGGGUGAGUUCAAACUGCCAACCUUUUGGCCGGUAGUUGAGAGCUUGACUGUUUGCAACACCCAGGGACUCCUGCAGGCUUGUUAGAAGUACAGAGUUUCAAGCCCUACCUCCAGGCCCACUGCAUCAGAUUCUGCAUUUUAACAACACGCCCAGGCAACCCAUAUGCACAGUAAAGUUUGAGGCGUAUGGUUUAGACCAAAGAAUUAGCAGACCUCAGAUUGUGAUCUAGGAGCUGGUUAAAAAAACAGUACACUACGAUGAAGAACGAACAAAUCUGUCUUGGAAGAAGUACAGCCAGAGAAUCCCUUGGAAGCAAGGAUGGGAGACUUCAACUCAUAUACUUUGUACAUAUUAUCAGCAAGGACCAGUCCCUGGAGAAGGACAUCAUGUCUGGUAGAGGACCACCAAAAAGAAGAAGAUCCUCGACAAGGUGGAUUGACACAGCGGCUGCAACAGUGGGUUCAAACAUAGCAACGAUUGUGAGGGUGGCAAAGGACAGGGCAGUAUUUCAGUCUGCUGUACAUGGGGUUGCUAUGAGUCAGAACCUACUUGAUGUCACCUGACAACGGCAACAACACUAUGGCAUUUAGUUUUUAUAAGUGCAGUUUUAGAUCUGCACUGAAAAGUUCAAAAAAAGUUUACAGAAAGCAACAGGUAUGAACUGAGUAGGGAUGGAAUGUCACUGCACCAGAUGAGAGGUUCAGAAGCCUGGUUGCCAAGCUGAAUCAGCUGGGGAGCUCUUUGAAGGUACAAGGUCUGGGCUCAGCCCUCAGGGCUUCAGGCCAGCACGAUGGCAGGUAGUCCUGGAGUGAUGGUCAUCAGCCCAUUCACCCCACUGAGUCUCGCCAGACUUGUGGGUGGCAUUCGUUCGAUUCAGAGGUCUCCAGGAUGUCAGAAACAAUGUCAAUGGAGAGAAUACAGUGGUUAUAUCUUAUUUCACUUUCCACUCAUUGGGACCAAAGACAGCCCACAACUCCCAUGUGUUAUUUACAAUGUGCUUGCAUAUUAGUGGGCUGAAACCCCCGGUUAUCACCCUUUAGAAAAGGACACAAAAGUAAUCAAAUUAAAAAAUAAUAUAAGGAGGCCCCAACUGUACUUUAGUUAAAAAAAAAAAAUCACAUAGUGAAAUUUAAAUCUGCAUCUUAAUAUAUAUGUGUUCUCAUAACCAAACAUGAUGCGAUAUCAGUUUUUAAUUUGUCUAAAGUCGUACUUUUUCUUCCAAUUAAAUGUAAACAAAGUUGUGUCAGUGUUUUGAUGGGGAAAAUCAAAACUUGUCUUUGACCAGAAGAACUAGAAUGUGCCUGGCUACCACCGAUGACUGCCCUGAUAGGGAACACAAUGAGAACCCCUGAUGGAACAGGAGAAUAGUGGGAUGCAGACCUCAAAUUCUCAUAGAAAGACCAGGCUUAAGGACUGGCUGAGACUGGAGGGACCCUGAAGGUCAUGGUCCCCGGACCCUUCACUAGCCCAAGAUUGGGACCAUUCCUGAAGCCAACUCUCCAGACAGGAAUUGGACUGGACUAUAAGAUAGUCAGUGAUACUGAUGAGGAGAGAGCUUCUUGGCUUAAGUAGACAUAUGAGACUAUGUGGGCAACUCCUGUCUGGAGGUGAGGUGAGAAGGAAGAGGUGGACAGGAGCUGGAUGAAUGGACACAGGGAAUACAGGGUAGAUAGGAGGAACGUGAUGUCUUAUUAGGAGGAGAGCAGCUAGGAGUACAUAGCAAGAUGUGUAUAACUUUUUGUAUGAGAGACUGACUUGAUUUGUAAACUUUCACCAAAAGGACAAUAAAUAAACAAAAUAAAGUGCAUGGCAAAAUACAUGCAAAUAAAGUCAAAAGACACAUAAAAAAACUUGUCUUUGAAUGUGAUGAACAUGGUUACAGAUCAUAUCACUCACUUGUGUAACAACUACGUUUAACUUCUAUAAGUACACCCUGAGAAGUGUCCAGGGAAAGGGCAUCGGUCAUGGCCUUGAAUUCUGGGCUCACUCAACGAGAACAUGCAGGGAUGCUGCAGCCCGUGGCGGAUUGAUUCAUUGCUUCUUCCAGCAAUCACCAGCCUCAGUUUCCUUGGCAUAACGUGGGGCAAUUGUUCCUCCUCCUAGGAUUGUAGUGAGGAUUAGAAGACAUAAUUCCAGCAGAGUGCUCAGCAUGGGGGCCUGGCCAUAGCACUGCUCCCUACAUUUUAAUUACCAUUAUCACGGGCAGGUAGUGGUGUAAAUGAUGUUAUAGACACUAGAAGGCUUGCAUGCAGGAGAGGGUCAAGGUUCAAGGGGAAGUGGAAGGCUUUCCUACUUACUACUCCAUAAACUCUAAGAGAAAAGGAGCAAAGACCCUCUUGAUCAACGUUGUGUCCCCAGGGUCAGCACAGCCUGCCACAAAGUGAGCACCUGGAAAAUUUUUGUUGAAUAAGUGAAUGAAUGAAAAAGUGAAGGCAGGUGGUCUCUAAGCAGGAAGGAGGGUCUAGGAUGAAGGGCCCUGUGGAGGGGCUGGCAACAGAGCUAGAAGGAAGGAGGAAAAGGCAGGUGGUGGACGCAGACAGCUGUGGUCAUGACAGGCGAGGGGAGGCUGACGUCAGAUGACCUUGGGAUGCAAGAGAGAUGAUUCACAGGGUUGUCAGGCAACAGCCCAGCUGCAGAGUAUUAAUUUGCAAUGGAACCAAUGAUCACUUUCAGGACCUUUCCUGUAGGUGUUUGCAGGGAGCGGACAGGAGCUGAGGAAGGGGGGUGGUCUCUGCCCCUGCCUGGGAAUCAGCCUGGCAUGUUCUGGAGCAGGACAGGGACAGCCAUGGAGGUACUUCACAGAUAACAGAAAUGACAAACUUUGGGGCCCAGGUUAGGGAGGAGUGAGACCAGGAAGAGUAGGUGGUCUGGGAGGGCCUGGACAGGUGGAGGGAUGGAGGUCACAUCCAGGGGUGGAUUACCCAGUAAGCAAGGUAAACUUGGGUUUACUUGUUCUUAUUCACUAAUUUAUAGUGAACAACUUCACAUGGGUAUUUACUAAUCUGUAGUAAACUCGUGAAAUUGUUCACUACUACAGUUUAGAAAAUAAGCACAAGUAAGCCCAUGCUUACCUUGCUUACUGGGUAAUCCAGCCCUCUCAGGGACUUUAAAUUUAAAAAGAGGCUUUGAUUCUGUAGGGAGGUGCUGUGGGGUUGGGAGAGAGACAGAUGCCAAUCAUACUUAGAAGCAGAAUCUUUGAUGUGGAGAAAAAAAUGUGAAAUGGUUCACUACAGAUGGUCUGGUAAGCACUGCGCUUACCUUGCCUAUUGGAUAAUCCACCCCUGGUCACAUCAAAUGCAGAUUCAGCAGGAGCUGGGUUUCUGGAGGGUACACAGGAGGCUGUGGGCCAAGGGGAGGCAGCAGUAAUCAGUGUCCAAGAAGAUGGCCGUAUUCACAGCCCAGCUCCCUCGUCUCCUAACUGCAGAUUCUGGGGUCAGCAACUCCACUUCCUCACUUCCUUCACUCCGAAAUGCACCUGAAUAGACUCCUCUCACAUAGUUGCUUUUGGAAUUAUUUUUUCCCGUUUAAAAUUUUAAAUUUUAAAUAGUUUUAACUUAAAACUAUUUUAAAUCGCUAAACACAAAUGUUUCCAAUGUUUUAUCAUGAAAAUGUUCAGUCAGAAAAGUUGAAAGAAUUUUCAUGGGAACGCUCAUAAACCCACCGCCUAGGUUCUAUAAUUUGCAUUUUAUUAUUCUCUAUCUCGUGUCUACCCAUCUGCCCAUCUCAUUUUUUAUGCAUUUCAGAAUAAAUUGCAGAGACAGUACACUUUGCUGUAACACUUCAUUAACUAGAGUUUGACAUUUGUUUAUAGUUUUUUGCUUAAUACAAUUUACAUCCAGUGGCAUGCACAGAUCUUAAGUGUACACGCAGUCAGUUUUGACAAAUGUGUAAUUCAAACCUUUAUCAAGAUAAAGGACGUUAUUCUCCCCACCUUAACACUUCCCUCCUUCUUUUUCUCUGACAAUCCCAGCCCCUACCCUAACAAUUUUGAAACAGUUUUCACACAUAGCUGCAAGCAAAAGUGCUUGUAAAAUUAAUUUUCCAUAGCUCUUUUAGGCAAAUUGGACAGUCUUCAUCAAUGUAAGUGUGAUUUUGGAAAAGGCAGCUAUCAGAAGCCAGCAUUGUGUCAAGAAUACUGAUUCCUUGCUUUUUGAAAUUUGCAGAUAGAGUUCUGGAUGUGCUAAUAGGCACUCUGAGGGCGCUGACUCAAUAGUGAAAAGUGUCACAGUUAAGAUACGGAGCAAAACAGCCCCGAGGAUGGAGGGUGGAGGUCAGGAUGUGACCAGGGCCUGUGGAGAGCAAGGAGAGAGGACAGGAGGAAGGAAGCUGGCGUGAGGUCUGCAUGGAGGAGAGAGCACUAACCAGCAGGAGAACGUUCCAGGGGCCACUGCAGGGAAGCGUGGAGAGGAAAAUAAUCAAGAAAAGAGGGAGAAUGUUCUGGAGGUUAGCGGAAAACAGCAGCACAGAUGAGGGGAGGUUUUUUCCAGUUACCGCUGAGUCAGCUCUGACUCAUGGUGGUCCUCUGUGUGUCAGAGUAGAACUGUGUAGAACUGUGCUCCAUAGGGUCUUUUACAAUGGCUGAUUUUUCAGAGGUGUAUUGCCAGGCCUUUAUUCUGAGGUACCCCUAGGAGAACUCGAGUGGCCAACCUUUCAGCUACAUCAGAGUGUGUUAGCCAUUUGUACCACCCAGGACUCUUGAGGCGAGGUAGGGCUGUGGUAAUGAAGAUACCAAUAAUGCUAGCUGACUUGACACCAUGUGUCAAACAUCAUGUAAACGCUACAGGCUUCUCAUUUCAUCCUCAUCACCACCCUCUGAGGUAAAUACUAGUCUCACCCCCAUUUUAUAGAUAAGUAAACGAGACCCAGAAGUCUAAGUGACUUGCCUGCAGUGGUUACAAUAAUGGGCACAGCAACAAUUGCAAGGAUGGUGCAGGACCGGGCAGUAUUUCGUUUUGUUGUACAUAGGGUCGCUAUGAGUCAGAACCAACUUGGCAGCACCUAACAACAACAAACAAGACCCAAAAAGUCUAAGUGACUUGCCUUAGGUCACAUACCUAGAAAGUGCCAGAGCUGGGAUUAAAGCCCAGGGUUCCAAGCCUCCUGUCCUUUCUCAGACACAAGUGCCUGUCCUGCACACAGGCUCUCACCAAGGCCUGAAUCCCAACUUCUGGAAUUCUGAUCUGACAGGUCUGGGGUGCACCCUGGGCGUGGCGAGCUCCCUGGACGAUCCUAAUGUGUGAGGCCUGGGUUGAGAACCACUGCUUCAAAGGCACACGUGGGUAUCAGCUAAGAAGGUGAGUGGGGGGCCAGGAGGGAUAGCCGAGGCUGGAGUAGGGGUACCCUCACUCUCAGGGGCAGCCAGGCCUGUCACUGUGCCCUGACGUGCACUGGGCGGCCUCUCCAGCUCAGCCUGAGAGCAGAGCACAGGCUGUCCUCCCCGUCCUGCCACCUAUCUGCUAUCAGCCUUGGACAGCAGGUGAGAACCUGCGAACCCACUUCCCUCAGCUCAGCGCUCGUCCCCAGAGGGACCACGGAUGCCCCUGUUGACACGAACACCUCCCCAGGCAGGUGUCACUGUUUGUCCCCAGUCCCAUCACACCCUCCCAGGCCCUGGUUGCGUAGGGCAGGGUGACUGAGUCACCAUCGGUCUCUCCUUUUUCCGAAAUCAAUAACCAAUUAGGAAGUGGAGCUGCCGCCUCUCUGACAGCCCUUGCAGUUCAUCCACAGCGACCUGUUUGCCAAAGCCAGGCCCUGGAGCGUAGGAGUGUGAUCCCGUGUGUGAAGUUACUGCUAGAGGCCCUCCUGCCCAGACAGCGUUCCCCUCGGCUGGCCACCCUUCCUCAUCACCUUCAUCUUUGUGUGUGUCUUGCUCCCACCCAGGACCUAAACUCCAUGAAAGCAAUGAAAGGCAGGCCAUAUUCCUCUCUUAUCCCUGGGGACUCAGCCAGCCCCUGGCUUAGAGCAGGUGCUCAGUAACUGGAAUGGCUGUGGAAGAACUGAAUGGUCAAAAUACCUUAACAAACACUUUCCUUAAAAAAGUCCUCUGCUUUUAAAAGGCCCACCCAGAUAACCCACGGUAAGCUCCCUAUUUUAAAAUUGGCACCUUUAAUUCCAUCUGGAAGUCCCUUCUACCAUCUAACAUCACAUAUUCACGGGUUCCAGGGAAUGGGGCACUGGCAUUUUUGGAGGGAGGAGAAAAGGCCCAGGCACUCACACAAGGCCAGUUCUUACUCACGGAAGUCUUCGUAAGGCUGUGGCCCCUUGUCUUAGUCGUCUUGGGUUGCCCUAACAAAUUACCACAAACUGAGCAGCUUGAAGUACCGAAAACUUAUUUUCUCACAGUAGUGCAAGUCAGAAGUCCUGGUACAGCAUGGCUCACCUGGGUCCUCUGCUUAGUCUCAGAGGCAAAAAUCAAGGUGUCAGCAGAGCUGUGUUCCUUUCUCGAGGCUCUGGGGAAGAACCCAUUUCCAGGCUCAUCCAAGUUGUUGGCUGAACUCAGUUCCUUAAGGCUGUAGGGCUGCGGUCCCCAUUUUUUUGCCGACUGUCACUGGGGAUCUCUCUCAGCCUCUAAGGCCACCUGCAUUCCUCAUCGCGUUGUCUCCGCGUCUCAAACUAGCAGCACAGCAUUGAGCUCUCAUACUUCAACUUCUUCAGCCACACCUCCUCUGCCUCUAGCCAGAGAAAGUUCUCUGCUUUUAACAGCUCAUGUGAUUAGAUUGGGCCCACCUGGAUAACCCAGGCUGCUGUUCUGUUAGUUACCAUUGAGUCGAUUCCAAGUCAUGGCGACCCCAUGUGUUACAGGGUAGAACUGUUCCAAAGGAUUUUCUUGGCUGUAAUCUUAACAGAGGGAGCCCUGGUGGUGCGGUGGCUAAGGAUUUGGCUGCCAACCAAAAGUCAGUAGUUUGAACCCACCAGCCACUCCAUGGGAGAAAGAUGCGGCAGUCUGUUUCUGUAAAAAUUUACAGCCCUGGAAACCCUCUGGGGCAGUUCUAUUCUGUCCUAUAGGAUCACUAUGAGUCAGAAUCGACUCAGGGGUAAUGGGUUUGGUUUUUGGUUAAUCUUAACAGAUGUAGACCACCAGGUCUUUCUUCCAUGAUAGCAGUCCAGCGCAAACCAUUGCACCACCCAGGGAUCUUCAAUUUUAAAAGUUUGUAACCUUAAUUCCAUCUGCAAAGUCCCAUUUGCUAUGUGAUGUCACAUAUUCACAGGUUCCAGGGAUUGGGGUGUGGACAUCUUUCUUUGCGCACUAUUACACUGCCUACCACACCCCUCUGGAGGAGAAAGAUCCCAGAGCUGGAGGUCAGAGACCUGAGGUUUAAGCCCUGAGUCUCAAUUUCAUCAUCUGUAGAAUGGGGCCAUACUAGCACUGCUGUCCUAGGAUCAUGGGGAAGAACAACUGCAUUCACACAUGUAAAGGGCUCAGCAGUAUUGGGCACACAGUACUGUUACAGUGACAGCGGCAGGGUAUGCAGGGAGGGGACAAGACUGGACCCAGGCUCUGGGAUCCGGUUUUCAGUUUGUUAGGCCCAGAAACUGGAUUUUCUGGUCACUCAGCCAAUCAGUGGUGGAGCCCGGAUUCAAAUCCUGGCCCCUCCACUUCCAAAGCCCCCUGCAGACCUGUGGGUGCUGGCCUCCCCUACCUCCAUAGGCUCCAUCCUGGGACCUCUUUCAUUGGCAACUCAGGGCAGGUGUUCCUCUGAGUCACAGCCUAUGGAAGGGAGAACCUCGGAUUCACAGAAUAAUGUUUUUUCAGGAAGUCCCCCCCUUUAUGCCUUGUGUGUGUGCACAGCCCUGUGAUAUAGCAAUGAGUGACGACCACUUCACUAAGGCCCACAGGGACUAAGGGAGAGGGAGGGUGCUCAACAAAAAAACUAAACCCAGGGUGCUUUAUGUGCAUCACCUCCACAAGACCCUCCAAGUUGUUUUCUUCAUUUCUUAGAGGAGAGAACAGCUCAGAGAGGAGGAGACGUUUACCCAAGGCGCAACAGCUGGAAAGGAUCAGGGCCAGGGAAACCCUUCCCUUGCCCAUCAGACAAUGUUCACCUGCAAGGGGAACAUGAUCUACGACCAUGAGCUCCUUGGGGCAAGAACUGCCCCUCUCAUCUCUGCACAGAACACCUGCCAGUGUCUGCGCAGAACAGGCCUCCACCAUUGCCUGCUGAAUGGAAGUCCACGCUUCUGCUUGGGGAAAUGGCCGUGCCACCCCCCACUCCCCCACCUCCCACCCCACCGCCAUGCCACCUCCCACUCUCCUACCUCCCACCCCCACUCCCACGCCACCCGCCUGGGGAAGAGCAGCUCAGGGACUGUAACCCCUCCACUGGCAGACGUGGAGUCUUGCGCCCCAGUACAGCCAGGGCCCUGCUGGAGGUUUGUCAUUUCUCAUUACCACAGCAACACCAACGUCUUUAUUCCCCUAGAGUGUGUGCUGAGCUGCUCCCCACCCCACGCCUGCCCCCAGGCCCCCUCAAAGUCCCUUCCAUCUCUGAGAUCCGGUGAUUCAAUUAACUGUCGCCAAUGCCUACCCUGUUUUUGUCGUUUUCAUUUAUUCCAUCUGCUGAGUCACGAAGUCCUGCUCUGGAUUAGAGUGGUUAUUCACCAGAACAUUCAUUGCUGGUUGCUAUGGACACCUCACAGCCUGCUUCCUUUAUCACCUGUGAGUGUGGGUACCACUGCCCCUUAUCCAGCCUCCAAAGUGCAUCCAAACACCCCCAGACAAGGAGAGGCACUAAUGAUGCAUGAACGCGAGCAAAAUUUCUAGUAUCAACGGUGGAAAAAUCAAAAACAGCCAAGAGCUAGCUCUAUCCCUCCAAACCAGGCUGCAGCAGCAAGUUAUCACACAAAUCAACAAGCGUACCAUUUUGCUUUCUGAACGUCUUUGGUAAAAUCUUUAGUUUGCUAACCAUUUUAAGACGCAUUUUUGUAUUGGAAAGUUGUGAAUGCAGAUGACUAGCUCCUUUUGAAAGCAAAAUGAGGAGACUUGAGAUGCAAGACGCCGAAGGAAUUGGCUCUGGGGUGGGGGGCUUGCAGGAGGUGGGGGGUAAGGAACAGACCUAGGGAGAUGAUGGGGGAGCUGCUACCCAUCCCACCCCAGCUCAAGGGGCAUAAGGAGAAGGCAGACACAGAGGAUUUUUCAAAGUAAGAGAAAGGUGAAGGGGGUUAAGAGGCAACCAGGAUGUGAGCUGAUAGGCCAUCAGCCCAUGGCCCACUGCUCCUGAUAACCACAGCACGUCCUGUUUGCAGAGUGGACAUGGGAUCAAUACAUUACCACACAUUCACACACUCCCUGCUCUUCAAACAUCAAUGUUUGGUAAAAUCUGCAUCUUCGGAAUCUAAGGUCACCUGGUCCAUCCACCUCACCCCCCCCCGCCCCCAUGGGACAGAGGUUGAGGGACAGUAUCCAGACCUCUGACCCUGAAGACCUGAAGGGGGCACUGUCCCUGGCCCCAGGGAGCUUGUCUCCUGCCUGCCCUCCACCCCAACUCCUGCCCUUCACCAUGAAGGUCAAUACCCCUUCCCUUCCUCCACAUGCUCCAAGACUGACUGAUGGACACUAAAUGACAGGGCGGGGCAGGGGUGAUGGGUUAUACCUAUGCCCCAACCCGAUUCCUCCCACAUGGGGGGAGCCUGGCCUCCUGGGGAGGAGCGCCUCAAGGGCUUUAUAAGGCUGGGCUGGGGCACCUAGAGGAACAGAUCACUGAGCGCUCCAGGCCCAGCCACUGCACCACCCACCACCCCAGCUCUGCAGGUAAGAAAACCCUGGGAGGGACAAGGUGGGAAGACGGUUGGCAGGACCUCUCUUACCCCAUCAAGGUACCAGGCCACUGGCAAUAGUCUAGGGCUCAUGCCUCUGUGACUCCAAGAUGGGGACACUUCCCUUAGCCCUGGGCAAAACUAGGGCCUGCGUCUCAGCCCUAGGACCUCCCAACCUGUGGGAAUCAGCCCUCCAACUUGUCCUGCUUUUCCGUCCAGAGCCCUGCCCUGACCCUCUCACUCCACUCACCCUAGCCCUGGGAAGUGAAGAGGAUAAGGGCUAGUCUCCCCAUCUCUCAGGUGAGGAAACUGACCCCAGAGUCAUAUAAAUUAGGGGCAAAGCUGGGACUAGGCCUCACAGCUCCUGGAUCCCAACUCAACUCUUGAAAAGAAUUUUCCUUGAUGAUGGAAAUGUUCCAUAUCUGUGCCAUUCAAUAUGGUAGCCACCAGCCACAUGUGUGGAGCCCUGGUGCCGUAGUGGUUAAGAGCUACGGCUGCUAACCAAAUGGUCGGCAGUUUGAGUCCAACAGCUGCUCCUUGGAAACCCUAUGGGGCAGUUCUACUCUGUCCUAAAGGGUUGCUAUGAGCUGGAAUCGACUUGACAGAAACUUUUUUUUUUUUUUCCAAGCCACAUGUGCACUUGAGAUGUGGCUAGUACAACUGAGAAAAGGAAUUCUUCAUUUUAAUUAAAGUUAAAGAGCCACAUGUGGCCAUUGGCUACCAUAGCAGACAGCACAGCUAGAUCCUUAAUUUGCAAACUUUGCUUCUUUAGCAGAAGAACUCUCUUUCUUCCAAAGGAAAUCUAAGAGAGAUUUCCUCUGACCGUUAUAAAACACAGAAAAAGGCAGUCUUUAUUAACGCAAAUAUAUUCUUACAAGGUAAAAUUUAUAUCAUUUACUUAUAAUAAGAAUUCCCCAUCUACCAGGUAUGAGUAGCUCAUAAAAUAAAUACCGUCCAUGAAUACUAUACUCCUCUAAACAAUCGUUUAAAUGAGACCUAACAGUCAACAUUUACCACAGACCGAGGAUGAGAAAGUAAGGGGGGACAAAGAAGCUAGAUUAAUGGAAACAGAACAACCGGAAUGGAAAUAAUGAAAAUGCUGACACAUUGUGAAAAAUGUGACCAAUGUCACUGAAUAACAUGUACGGGCAGUCCCCGAGUUACAAACAUCGCUCCGACUUAAAUACAAUUCAUAUUUACAAACCAACCCCUGUUGUCAUGGAUUGAAUUGUGUCCCCCAAAAAUAUGUGUCAACUUUGCUAGGCCAUGAUUCCCAGUAUUGUGUGGUUGUCUUUCAUUUUGUGAUCUGAUGUGAUUUUCCUGUGUGUUGUAAGUUCUAUCUCUGCCUGUAAUUAAUGAGGGAAGAUUACCCAAAACCCAAACGCAUUUCAAUUCUGACUCAUAAUGACCCUAUAGUAGAAUUGUCCCAUGGGGUUUCUAAGGAACGGCGCUGGUGGAUUCGAACUACUGACCUUUUGGUUAUCAGCUGAGCUCUUAACCACUGCACCACCAGGGCUCUGAGGUAAGAUUAGGUUAUGUUAAAGUGGAUUAGGGUAGGAAGCAACACCCUUAUUCAAGUCACAGCUCUGAUCUGAUGUAAAGGGAGUUUCCCUGCAGUGUGGACUGCAUCGCUUGCAAGAUAAAAGGUAGGAGCUUACUAAAAGGUCAGCAGCUUGAAUCCAACUGGUUAGCAGCUCUUAACCACUGUGCCCAACAGGGCUCCUGCCUUUUAUUUUACAAGAGAUAAAAGGAGAGUGAGGCAAGCAGAGAGAUAGGGACCUCACACCACCAAGAAAGAAGAGCCAGGAGAAGAAAGGACGUAUCCUUUGGACCAGGGUCCCUGUGCUGAGAAACUCCUAGACCCAAGGGAAGAUUAAUGAUAAGGACUUUCCUCCAAAGCCGACAGAGAAAGGAAGCCUGCCCCUGGAGCUGGGGCCCUGAAUUCAGACUUGUAGUCUCCUAGACUGUGAGAGAAUGAAUUUCUAUUUGUUAAAGCCAUCCACUUCUGGUAGCUGUUAUAGCUGCGCUAGAUAACUAAGACACUCGUAAAGCCGAUUACAUUAAAAAUUUGAGGUACAUACAAGGGUUCAUAAUAACAAACGGACGCUACUUUGAGAUGUUUCCUAAGGCUGACAUAAUAAAAUGCCACAAAGUGGGUGGCUUUAAACAAUAGAAAUUUAUUGUCUCACAGUCCCUGAGGCUAGGAGUCCAAAUUUAGGGUAUUGGCAGGGUCAAGUUCUCUCCAAAGGCCCUAGGGUAGCAUCCUUUCUUGUCUCUCUCAGCUUCUAGUAGCCUCAGGCAUUCCUUGGCUUUUAGACGCCUCUGCCCUGUCUCCUUGUCUCUGUGUUCCUUCUCCUGUUUUAUAAGACACUAGUCAGGUGGCAUUAGGACCGCUCUACUCUGAUAUGACCUCAGGUUAACUGAUAUGAUCUUCAAAGACCCUAUUUCGACCUAAGGUCAUAUUUAAAAUUACCAAGAGUUAGGACUUCAACAUAAAUUUUGGAGGGACACAAUUCAAUCUAUAACAGGAAGUGAGGAAACCCAGGACAUCAAGGGUCUCUUCACUCCGUGCUGGUACAGUGGGACAUGUUCGGAGGCAUUCAGCAGAGGCUAAUCUACUGAACUGGUAGACAUGUGAUUUUUAGUGUUGACUUUUCCCAUUAUUUUCCCAUUGCCUUCCUAACAGCCGUUAAACUUUGAGUUCUCUGUUUCUAUUCUAUAAAGAAAUAAUAAUUGUGCUGUGGUUGUUUCAUGAUAACUGAGAGGGGUGCUCGGAGAAAAUUAAUUGUAAAAAAACUUCCUUUCUGAGCUCAUUAUAAAUAAAAAUGCAAUACAAAUUAAAAAAAAAAGAAUUCCUUGGGAGGUGCCUCAGAAGAAAGGCCUAACGGUCUACUUCUGGAAAGAUCACUGCCAUUGAAAACCCUAUGGAGUGCUGUCCUACUCUGAAAUACAUGGGGUCGCCAUAAGUCAGAAUCGACUCAACUUGAAUUUACGAUAAAACCAAUCAGAAUAACGAAGGUAAAAUGCACAGAAAUGUUGAAUCCAGAGAACAGAUGAGUAUUUGAAUUUUAUAUUCAUUGGAGCAACAGUUUGUUUCUGUAUUAUGGCUUCCCCGAACUCUAUUCAUCCUGAUAAAUAAUUGCAAAUGGUCACAGUUUUUUUUUUAACUGUUUAAUUGCCAUCACAGGAUAUUUCUCUUAAGUAAAAAAAAGUUGCAGGAGGACCUUCACAAAAAUUGUGUUGACCCAGCCACACAGUGACUAUGCUGUGGUCUCCAAGGUGUUGUUGUUUGGUCCAUAAGGCAGUUGAGCGUCUAUGUUUCUUUGGUAUUACUACUUAAAGGUCUACUUUAAAUUACAAGACUCAAACAUUUACAGAGCCACAGACACGGCCUCAGAUUCUACAGAACUGUUAGGAAACCAUUGCUCUAGGUUUUUAAUUCCUCCAAGAGACGCAGUCGGUAUAAUUGGGGAGGCGAUGAGGAGAGGUACAAGGCUUGGGCUCUAGGGUGGAGCUGGCAGGAACUGGAGGAAAAUGGCCCAGUAGUCCACAACUCCACACAGAAGCAGACCUGUCAACAGGAGGAACCUGGAGUCCAUUCAGUCCAGCCCCCUGCCCCUGGGCCUACCUGGGGAUAGCCCCACCUUUAAACUCAGCUCUCUCCCCUUUGCAGACAAGAUGCAGCGCCUGUGUGUGUACAUGCUGAUCUUUGCGCUGGCUCUGGCCUCUUUUUCCGAAGCUUAUAGGAAGCCCCCAUCCCAGAUGCGGGAUGAAUUCGCGGGUCCCAUGGCGAGCCAGGGCCUGGAGCCGCACUGGCCAGACCAGCUGGGCCCAGCCUCUCAUCACAAAAGGCAGCUGGGGUCCCAGGGCCCCUCACACCUUGUGGCAGAUCUGGCCAAGAAGAAGGGGCCAUGGAUGGAGGAAGAAGAAGAAGCAUAUGGAUGGAUGGACUUUGGCCGCCGCAGUGCCGAGGAAGGGGACGAACAUCCCUAGAACCAGUCUCAGAUCCCAGCCCCCUACUACCCCAGCCCAGCCAUCCCACAGAAAAAAAUAAAUAAAAUCGCUUCCAAAGAUCAUUGGUCUCAAGUUCAGCGGAGCAGACGAGGGGGACUUGGUAAGGGGGAGGGUUGAGACAGGGAGGAGAGCUGAGCACCCCCUAGGGGAGAAAACCAAAACCAAACCCGUUGCCAUGCAGUUGAUUCCAACUCAUAGUGACCCUAAAGGACAGAGUAGAACUGACUCAUAGGGUUUCCAAGGAGCACCUGGUGGAUUCGAACUGCCAACCUUUUGGUUAGCAGUCAUAGCUCUUAACCACUGCACCACAAGGGAGGGACCAUGGCAAAUUCCUCUCUGUGUUCCCCAAAACUAACACAGAAUAAGAAUCUACAGGUGCAGGUGGUGGGAUCACAGCCAGAGCAAGCCUUUCGAAGGAUAAAUCCGUUUAAACCUUCCAGUGUUUUCGAUUGCACUUAGGAUAAAAUACAAACUCCCUGCCAAAGCCAUAAAGAGCUAGCUCUGUUGUCCUCUCCGCCCUCGCCCCUACCAUCUGUGCCACUCCCCUCUCUCUUUCUCUUCCUGUUUCACACGCGCUCACACACAUACCACGUUCUCUCCUGCUCAGAACCUUUGUCCUUGCUGUUGCCUGUACCUGGAAUGCUCUUCCCCAGGCACAAUACAUGGCCAACUCCCUUUUAUCCUUGAGGUCUUGGUUUAAAUGCCUCCUUCUGAGAGGCCCACCCUUUCUACUCCUUACCCUUCACACACAGACUUCGUUAUUCUC